CAUUUCCCUGGGGGUGCUGAGAGGGUGGCCUUUCUAAUCUCCUUUUUCACUGGUGACGCCAAGGACUGGGCCGUCUCAGUCACCCAGGAAGGAAGCCCCCUGCAUGCCAACUUCCCGCGCUUCCUGGAUGAAAUCCGUAAGAAAUUCUGUGGCCCCAUCCCCCAAAGUGUGGCGAAAAAGGCCAUCCGCAAGCUUAAGCAGGGAGACUGUACCCUCGGCAGCUAUGCAGAUGCUUUUCAGUUCCUGGCCCAAUUCUUGUCUUGGGAUGACUGCCGCCUUCAAAACCAGUUCCUCAAAGGCCUGUCAGAAUUCUUCCGCAAGGAGCUCUUGUGGUCAACUGAAAUGGCUGACCUGGACGAGCUGAUUCUUGAAUGUGUGGAGAUAGAAAGAAAAGUGCGUGUCCCCAAGCCAAUCCCGCUCCCUGGGGUUCGCAAUGUCUUCUUCCCUUUUGCUGCAGACCCUAAUGUCGAAGGCAGUGGAGAAGAAGAGCGCUACAGUGAGGAUGAAGAUGCAGAGGUGCGCAGGCGCAGGCUGCUCGACCAGGACCAGCGGAGGCGUGUGAGAGCUAUUCAGCAAGAGAUGAGGGAGCAGGAGGAGAAGAGGAAAAAGGAGGAAGAGAUGAGGAAGGAGGAGGAGAUGAAACAGAAACAGGAGGACGACGACGAUGAGGACGAGAUAGUCGUGGUGGAUGACGUGGACGAGGAAGAGGAAGAAAUGAGGAAGAAGAAUGAGGGUGAGAAGGAUGAGGGCCAGGAACCAGGGCAGGAGCCAGAGCAGGAGCCAGAACAGGAGGAGGAGACGGAGGAUGAGGCCCAGGAUGAUGACCUAGAUGAGUUCAUGGACGUAGAGCCGACCUUUGCCAAUGCUUCAUCCCAGACUUCUGGCUACUAUCAUGAAAAUUUCCUAGAUACGUCGCCUCCCAUAAUACAGCCCAGCAGACGGAGGAACCAAAAUCGAGUCCCACUGCUGGAGGGCCUUCCAGGUACCAAUUCGCCCUUCUACAGUUCACCACCACUGAUUCGCCGGGCAGGUCGGUUGGGACAACGCCAAACUAGAAGACGGCCCCCGGUGCUAUUCCGCCUCACUCCAAGACAGGGGGGCCACCGGGCUGCACGUGGCCGAAUUCGAGUGUGAGUGCUGGGGCAAGAUAGCCACCCAGAACACACCCUUCCACUGCAUCCCCUGCCCCUGCUAUUGCUGCCACACCUGCCCCAUUUUCUGACCAGUACUUAAGGGAGUUCCAGACCUGAAGAACCUAAAGAAGACCUGUAGAACUCGAGACCAUCUUGCAGCCAUGACCACCUAGGAAAGGAGGAGUCAGCAACAGCUAUCCUCUUGACUGUGCACUCUGAUCAGUCCUGCCACAAGCUAGCCAGCAGGUUUCUGGGCCCAUUCCCAUAAAUAAACUGGUCACCCCCUCAUAUUUCCCCUCUAGUUGUUCCUAACCCUGUGUUUUAUGGUUUUAUCAACUUUGACUGGCUCACCAGGACUUCACCCAAUGCCUCACUGAUCUGCCCCAAUGAGUGAAAGGAUGGGCCACACUGAACUCCUAAUGCCACUGAGGCCACUUGAUAGAUACAAUCUACAGAGAGCAGGAUGGGAUCAAGAAAUGUGCCUAGAAGCCUACACUUGCUUCAACCUCCAGCAGAAGGACCCCAAAGUGGAUCCUAUAUAUAUAGUGCAGUAAGGGUGGGCAAAGCCACAUGUCAAAUGGACAUUUCACUGAGGUUUGUCCUUGACUAACUGAGCAAGCUAGUUCACCCUUCCCACAGACUACUGUGUCAGGGUCCUGGACCAGCUCACCAAAUCUGGGGCCCUCCCUUCUUACCAUACUGCCCUCCCAGGCAUCCACGGUGGACAGAACCCAGCAUUAUUCCUUUCUUUGAUGUUGCCUGGAAGAUGGGGGAGGAGGAGGAGGAGGAGGAAAAAGGAGCAACAACUCUGACAUUGUGAAGAGUGACUCUUUCCUUAGGGAUGGUCUCCUCCCUAGGCAAGUCUUGGAAUGCAGCCCCCAGCCAAAGGUCUUUGCAGGAGACUUGCCAUCCUUGGGGGUUCACAAGAGGCCUAACUGGCCUUUUCUUCCCAGACCAACACGGAGAGAGAGGGCCCAAGGCCUGCUCUUUAACUUCAAUUUAAAGGAUUCCUUCGUUCUCAGAAGAGAGAGGAAGUUUCUCUCUACAGAGACUGCAGCCUGGCAGCCAGGCCAUCCUCAAGUCUCUCACAUGAGGGGCAAGCCAUGGCCUGAUGCUGUGCUUCAAUUAGAUGGUAAGGCUGGAGAAGGUGACUGCCUCCUAGUAACUCCUGGGACUUCUGGGUACAAACCUAGGGACCUUUAUAAAGAAUCCUGCUGCUUGCCAUGGGUCCAGAAAACAUUGCUUCUGCAGUGGAAAGGACACACUGUGUCACUGGCCACAGAAUGCCAGCCAGAUCCACUGCUGGCCUGAACUGCCCUCAACACUGAGCUUCCUGCACAGUGCCUGGCAGCUGGGCAAGUGCAGCCAAAUUGUCUGUAGCCAGAGGGAAGAAAGCACAGUAAAUCAAGCCUCUGUGCCUCACUGGAGUCUGGCAGAUAACCUCAGCCAAGCCUUAGGAUUUUGACCCUGGAAGCAAGAGGAAGGUGCUGGAGGAAGAGGAGUCACAAAGAAACCCAGUCUGCUGGUUGGUUGACGGUGAGGUCUGAAUUCCUCAGUGGAAGCUAUUUCCUCAGGAGAGAGUUCCAGAAGGGGAACUGCUGUUCUUCGAGGCUAUGGACCUUGUUUGCUGAUGGUUGACACACUGGCCCUGCUCCCCACGUCCCUGCUGGAGAAGUGCAAUGGACAGGUGCCUUGCAGCCCCACUUCCAGGGACCCCUCAGCACAGGCCCUGCCUGUUUCUGUGGUGCUUCUCACUCUGAGACCUUGUAGCCUCAGCCAGGGAAGGAGUAGGUGGGCAGUGAGCUGGUUCCUGGCCCUCUAGUGGCAAGGGGGCCUGGGUUUCCCUUUGACCCUCUUCCCCCCUUUCCCAGAUCUUCAGUAUUUGUUGUGAUGUAACAGCCACAAGAGCUGUAAGAAGAACUAUGGGCUUUGGGCACUUUCUUGGGUUGAAAGAGG